GCUCGGCCUUUUUGUAGAUUGCACCAUUGCACUUGCAGCUUACCGACCGUGUUGUGCUAUGUGGGUUGUGAUAUAACGCCUAUUGCGCACGUUUAUGCUUAUAAACUAGUAUUCGUAACUCGUGUGUGUAAGUGAUGGAGUUUACAUAGUUGUUAGGUCGUCCAGGGUGUGCCUUUACACUAAGAUGAUCGAAGUUUGCACUCUGAAAAGGAUUAUAUUCCUCACUGUGUUCGCCGUAGGGGCUUGUCUCAUAAUCUUAACACUUGAUGGCAUCUUAGAGCACGACAACGAUCGAUCCAAGCAAAACAGCUCGGAAGGUUGUUGGGAACGGGAAAUAUUUGAAGUCAAGGAGGCGUGCUCUCCAUGUACAGAAUUCGAACGGGCGAGCAAGCAUAUCCCAGUCUGUGUUCAGUCGAAAUACAAGGAGCUGGUAUCCUGCACUAUUUCGGGAGAUGUCUACAGAAGGUGCGACAACAACGAUGAAGCCCACAAAUUCUGGAUCUUUGAAGCGAGCAUGAUAGUUCUGGGAGCAAUAAGUGCCAGCACUGUCAUACUGCGCCAACGACACUUGGAUCGAAAGAUGUUUGACAAGAUUCAGCAGCAAGUUUCUGUCGGUGUAUGAUCGUGCAGUUUCACCACGGGGCUUUAGACUUGUAAAUAAAUUAUUAUGGAACGUAA